AAUUAGUCACCAAAGAUAUGGUCAUUCCGAGGCUUCAAACUAAGAAUGCCGGUUGCCAACGAUCUUUGGAGCAAUGCUAGCCACCCUCCAAAUACUGCACCUACAGUACAUAAUUCUUCCGAGGUUGCCGAUACCAGCGUCAGCCUCGUCGGCCUCGGCCUCAGUACACCUCGGCAUUGGACAAAAUCAAUGCGGGGAGCAUCAGCACUACUUACAGUUGUCUCGCGGAGGGAGAAGAUGAAUUGAUCAAACAAUCCUUUGCACAAACAUCUUCGUGGUCGAAUCUCCUUCUGUAUCAAUCAUCAUCGUGUUAAUUGCAAACACGGCUUAUUAGAUCAGACAACUGCAGACAUUCCAAGCCCCCAAAUGUCUUCCUCAAAUAACGCAUACGUGCUCGGCGUUGGCCUCACAAAGUUCAUCAAACCAAGACAACUCAGGACAUAUCCCGAACUGGGCUUCGAGGCCGGAACAAAGGCUCUUCUCGAUGCACACAUCACUUACGACGACGUACAGACUGGUGUAGCGUGCUAUUGCUAUGGCGACACCACAAGUGGCCAACGGGUGUUCUACCAGUUCGGCAUGACCAACAUUCCCAUCUACAAUACCAACAACGCCUGCGCGACUGGCAGUACUGGUCUACAACUCGCCAGGACUAUGGUCAGAGGCGGCAUCGUUGACGUUGUCAUGGUGAUUGGCUUCGAAACCAUGAAGCCUGGUUCGAUCAAGAGUGUUUGGGAUGACCGUCCGAGUCCAAUGGGCUUGGGCACCAAGAUGAUGGAGGACACCCGAGGCAGACACGAUAGUCCUAGGAACGCGCAAUUCUUUGCAAAUGCCGGAAGAGAGUACAUGGAGAAGUACGGCGCUGAGGCACGCGAUUUCGCUGAGAUAGGCCGGAUUUCACACGAGCACUCCUCCCGCAACCCAUAUGCCCAAUUCAACCAGGUCUAUUCUCUCGAAGAUAUUGAGAAGUCGCAGAUGAUUCAUUACCCACUUACCAAAUUACAAUGUAGUCCUACGUCUGAUGGCGCGGGCGCAGCAAUUAUCGUGUCCCAACGUUUCCUCGACUCUCGACCCGAACUCAAGUCCCACGCGAUCCUGAUGGCCGGUCAAUCUCUCAUGACCGACUCGCCUGCCCUGUACUCCCGAGGGGCCAUGGACCUCGUGGGCUUCGACAUGACCAAGCGCGCGGCCAAGGCCGCCCUGGCCGAGGCCGGCGUGUCCCCUCGCGACAUCCGGGUCUGCGAGGUUCACGACUGCUUCUCGGCCAACGAACUCAUCAUCCUCGAAGGGUUGGGCUUCUGCGACCAAGGCCAGGCCCACAAGAUGGUUCGCAGCGGGGACAUCACCUACGGCGGCAAGGUCGUGGUCAACCCGUCCGGCGGGUUGAUCAGCAAAGGUCACCCGCUCGGCGCGACGGGCCUGGCCCAGUGCGCCGAGCUCACGUGGCAGCUGCGGGGGUGGCCCAACAACGGCCGCCUGGUCAAGGACAUCGACGUCGCCCUGCAGCACAACCUCGGCCUCGGCGGCGCCGUCGUCAUCACCGUGUACAAGCGCGCCGACGGGCGGAAGAACACGGCCAUCCGGCAGAGCGACGCCGAGAUCGCCGAACUCUCCGGCCUGGGGUACAACCCGGCCGUCGAGGCCAGGGGGGUCACCCGAGCCGAGGCCGACAAGGUCAGGAGCAAGACUGCCAGAUGUGACUACGCCCUGGGCGAGACGGCAGAGAAGUUGCAGGCUAGAUUGUGA